AUGGCAGUUGCAACGAAAUUAACACCUUCAUUAGAUACACCUGCUAUUGAUCUUACUUUGUUUAGAAGCAUGAGGUAUCAAGAAAAUCCAAGAGAACCACAUUUAAUAGCUGUGAAAAAUAUCUUUCGUUAUCUCAAAGGAACAAUUUCGUUAGGAUUGCGGUAUCCUACGAAAUCUGGAUUUUUCAUUCAAGCCUUUUCUGAUUCAGAUCUUGGUGGAUGUACUCUUGAUAGAAAAAGUACAAGUGGAGGAUGUCAACUACUGGAUGGGAAGCUUGCCAUUUGGCAAUCGAAAAAGCAAACUUGUGUUACAAUUUCCACUGUUGAAGCUGAAUACAUUUCUGCUGUUUCUUGCACUUCUCAAAUCAUCUAG